AAAUAAUAAUAAAUAAUACAGCAUUCAAAUUAGGGUUGCUGCGUACGUAUACGCAUUCUCCCAAUAGGAAUAAACGAUAUUAUAAUCGUACAACGAAAAGUUCUCUUUUCAGUUGAAUGAAAAAAGUGUUUGUUGCGGACAAUUCCUACCUAAAUGAAACUUUCCAGCAUUUCCAAACUUUUCAAACAGUUUUUGUUGAAGACAGUGAUCCAGGAGGAUAGUCCAUAAAUUAAAAUCGAUAACGUUUUACUACAUUUAGAACUGUAGAUGGCGAUAUUCCAUGAUCGAGCGAAGAAGUCGAGCGAGAGAGAAUGGAAGACCUGAGCAGUGGAUUGGUGUCUGGUGGAGGUCCGCAACCUUCACCGGAUAAUGUUGUGACAUGCAUGUCACAGUCUUCGGCGGAUGUUAUUAUUAGUGAAUCGAAGAAUGUAGUUGUGCAGCGGUUAGGCAUUGGUAGCCCCAUUUGGAACCUGACAGGCAGUUCAAGUGAGGGCCUAAGCGAGGUAGGGCUUGAUGCAGCGGUUGUCAUGGAAACACCUGGAUGGCCUUGGGAAGGAGUUGGGAUGAGUACUCUAGGUAGUCAAUCCCUUCUUUCAGAUGCCCAAUUGGAAGCCAUCGGUAAGGCUAUGUCCUCUGAUGAUAUGGACCAGAUUUUUAUUGUGCAGAAUCCCUACCAGUCAGAAUCGAUGACAUCAGAAGGAGAAGAUGCUGAGUUUGGCCAUGUCGAGGAAGUGUAUGCUGGGUCGAAAUUGUCCAUGCAAAUAGAUCCCUUCAUGAACACAUCGACUACUGUUGAAGUAAGCUCUACCGAUGAGUCAUUUAACUUGACUAACCUCCUAGGAGGUGAGGUAAGCAUGGCCACAGACCAACGGUCUGAUGUUGAUACUGUUGCACCAGUGUUUUCAACUGUCCCUACAGGUGACGAGGCUGAUGUGUCGAAUAAUGAAACCAAAGACACAACGUGUACAGGCAGACGACACAUGGCCAGACGGUCUUCUCGUUUAGCCAGGAAUCUUAAUCUGAAAUCAGAGGACUCCACAGAUAUGGAAUCCGAGAAAGAUGAAAGAUUAACGAGUAAAAUUCUAUCAUCAAGAAAAGAAGGGGUUGUGAAGAAGCGUAAGGAAAAGCAGGAUGAGGUUCAUAUUCAGAAAAUGUUUAAAAGUAUUUACAAAGAGAAGAUUACAGGGCAGAAGAAAGAUGAAGGCGAUGAUGUUGAAGGAAUGAAGAAACACAGGCUAAAAAACCAAGAGCAGGAUGCGAUAAGGAGACAGAUUCUACAACAUGGUCUCAGAAAGGUCAAAGAUUCCAGCGAGGUUAAAGAUUCAAUGCCGAAACCAAAAGAGAAAUCUGCUUUUUCUGCCUCUGUAUUGAAGCAGGAAAAGCAUGCAAGGCCAGAGAAAAUACACAAAGCAGUUAAACGACGCGAGUCAUCUGAAGAGGUUGUACAACAGUACAUAGUCACUGUAAGAAAGGAUGCUAAAGGCCAAACUAAAGAUGUCAAAGUUGACGUUGAAAAAUUUGAUGCUCGAAUUUUAGAUGUUAAAGGUCAAAUAAAUAGGAAAAUUAAAUCUGACCAGGUGCAUGCCACGGACCAACAAGCUAAGAAACUUAGUAAGGAUAAGUUAAUUCCAGAUACAAUGAAUUUAAGAAAGAGGAGAGAAAGUAUUGAUAAAGUAAAGCAAUGGAAACAUGAUAAUAACAAUGAUGAUCAGAAAGUUGACUCUACAAGCACCAAAGACCAAAAGCAGAAACUUGGAAUUGAAUUAGAGGAGUCAGCGAAAAUGCAGGUUGGACAACAGAGAGAAAAAAGAGUGUGUAUAAAGCGACGAUUCUCCUCGCACAGUGAAGGCCUACAAUUUAGCGACGAAUCGGAGGAUGCAGUUGAAGAUGAUGAUGAGGAUGAUGCUGUAAGCUGGACAAGCAGCGAUGAUCCUGACCGCCUCUGGUGCAUCUGUCAGAAGCCUCAUGGCAACAGGUUCAUGAUAAGCUGUGAUCAGUGUAGUGAAUGGUUCCAUGGGACUUGCGUAGGCAUCACGAAAAAGGAGAGCCAUCAGCUUGAGAAGUGGUUUUGUGCUCACUGCAAAGGAAAGGACAAGGAAAGUAAAGAUAAUAUUGAGAAGGAAGAUAAAGUUGCAAGCAGUAGAGCUGGUGUAAAUGAGAAAAUGGCAGAGUUUAUAAAGGGUAUGAGAAAAAGAAAAGACAGCAAAUCAGAGACUCCCACAAGCCCAACGAAGAAGACAUCGACUCCAAAACACCAGUCUUCGAAACAAUGUUGUGCUAAUUCUGCGUGUAAGAGAACGGCCAAACAAGGCACUGUCUACUGCAGCAACGAAUGCAUCAUUGAUCAUGCCAAGGAUUCGAUGCGUCUCAUUCGUCACGAUCGUAAUCGCCUUGGAUUAAAGGUGAAACCAGAGUCUCCUGGAUCGUCAAAGUCAACGCAUGACUCCAAAGGUCAUGGCCUCCAGUCCAUAGAGCAUAUUACAGUUAUUGAAAGACACACUGGAAGGAUCAGGAAAGGAGAUAGUGCACCAAAUGACCGUAAUCUGAUGGAAUGGCUUACUAGGCAUCCUACGUAUGAAGUGGUCAAGCCAAGGGCUCGAAGCCACUCUGCAGGCUCAUUUUACAAGAAAUCUAGUGAAGAGAAGCUGAGGGAAUCUACUAAAGAGACAACAAAGGCAGCACCUAAGGAAGCCCCAAAGCCAACACCGAAGGAGUCUCCAAAGGUAACACCAAAGGAGUCGCCAAAGUCAUCAUCCAAAGAGACGUCAAAGGCCACACCAAAGAAAGGCAAGAUUGAGCAACCGCCCAAGCCACCUAAACCGAGUGAGGACCAACUUCGACUCAGCGUACGUAAAGCAUUUUUGGAUGCUUUUCUUACAAGGUUAUCUGAGGCAAAGGAUCUUCCUUAUGAUAAGUCAUAUGUGAAGAAAAUGUGUGUCAAGAUAGAAGAGAACUUAUUCAAAAUUCACCGGGAUGUUAGCACAAAGUAUAAAGCUAAAUAUCGUACUUUGGUAUUUAAUAUCAAAGAUGCCAAAAACAAGGGCUUGUUUCGCAUGAUUCUGAAUAAAGACCUGCCUGCAAAAAAACUGGUGACAAUGUCUUCAGAAGAGUUGGCCUCAAAGGAACUGUCGGAAUGGCGAGAGCGAGAAAGCAAACAUGCUUUAGAGAUGAUCAAGCAAGAAGAAGAACUUAAGAAGUCUACACCUAUGCAACUGACCAAGAAAACACACAAAGGGGAAGUGGAGAUUGAGGAUGAGCACUACAGUGCACUUGAGACGACUGUAAUAGAAAAGUCUCCAACCAAACUCAAGAAAGGAUACAGCAAAGAAGCUGAGGAUGCUGACCCCUUAUCGACCUUGCUCGAUGACACAACUUCACAACACAGGGCACAUCUGUUUGAUUCUAACUGCAAGAUCUGUACUGGAAAAAUGGCGCCCCCUAAGGAUGACAUUGCUCCGGUGAAGAAGACAAAGGUCGUCCAUCGCAAGAGCUCAGAGGACAGGCAAAAUGUUUUGCAAAGUGAUAGUUCAUAUGAUGAAGAAAUCCUAGAGAAAUUGGUAGGAAUGUCUAAGCAGAAGGAGGAUGAUAAAGAUGAUACAGAAGAAGAAUAUGAUCCAUUAACAACCAGCUUUUCUCCACUGAGUAAACCAUCUGAACGUGUUGACGUGUCACCGCCGACACCUGUUCUACCUAAACCAACUCACAUUUGGAAGGGAUCUGUUUUUAUGCCAGACGUAGCCAAGUUUAAUACGGCAGCCUAUGAAGUCUCUGGUAACCACAAGCAUCUGUCAUUAAACCUUGGAAACACAAUUCACAUCUGUGGCCGAAUUCCGAAAGAAGCGGUGUGGGAUUAUUUCAAGAAGCUUCAUAUGUCCAGCACUACAGAACUGGUUGUCAUAAGACUGCAUGUAGCGGACGAAAACGACAAAGCUGGCUAUAUAGCACUGUACCAGUAUUUCCACAACCGCAACCGAAUCGGCGUGGUUGGUAGUGCAAAAUCUCCAAUAAAGGACAUGUAUAUUUUACCGUUGCCGUCUACUGAGGAAUUGCCUUCGUCCAUAGGCGCAUUAAGUUCACCAGGAUUGGAAAAAACUAGGCCGCACCUUCUUCUUGGAUUAAUAGUACGUUAUAAAGACUCUCAACCAUGGGCAUCAGGUCACUCAUCAUCUAGUAAGAUUCGUCCAAGUCGAUCAGCAGUUUCUUCAUCAAUGUCUAAACGACAUUCUGUUGACAGUUUCAAUCCUGCUGCCCUGGCAACUAAUUAUCAAUCCAGAGCAGUUAAGGAAGGGCCAGAAGAGAAACGAGCGAAAAGGUCUCUUUCGCUACCAGAUUCUGAUUGGUUCAUGCAAGGCAAGCAGAUGGAAGACCCAAUAGUAGCAGAGUACACUUGUGCUGACCGUUCUAAACUGCUUGAAGAUGUUGUGGAAGCUUACUCCCCUUCGCAGGAAGAGAGGGAAGCACCAUACGAUCCCUCUGACGUACUGGAUGACUUCCCUCAGCCAGUGGUGAAGAACACACCUGAACCAUUGGUAGAUACAACUGAAGGUAGUGGAAAGUUUAAUGCACUCCUUAAAAACGUUGCUCAAACAUUGCCACAAAUAGGUGCUGCGGAUACUGUACCUUCAGAAGUGAAAUCAAAUUUGUUAAAAACCUUUGACUCUGACUCUAGUAUGACAGAACAACAGCAGCUUCUGAUACGUUUGACUAAGCAAGUUGAGGAUGCUAAAAAAGCUCUUCUUGAUAAACAAAUAGAGUCCUUACAGUCAAAAAUCAAUAAAACAGUGUCUGAUGCCGCGGAAGAUGAAGCAUAUGAUCCUGCAAAUGUCACGUCUUCGCACAACACACCAACGUCUGGCGAUGCCUCUAAGACUGUCAUGCAGGCGUCUCCAGAUUCUACCGUUACCCAACCUAAGUAUACUUACACACCUGAAUAUCCGGCAGCUACAGCUUCUUACAAAGACCCAAAACUAGACCUGGGUGAACAACCACAAAAGUACUCGCCGUCCUCUGUUUCUUCACCUAUUUUACCCCUUCAGAGGGUAUCCCCGGCCCAACCUAGCAAAGAUCAAAGAGAUGGUAACAGAUAUACCCAAGGAAAGUACACAGAAUAUGACCAUGAUAAUCAACGUCCACCUCCUCCCCACCGCCAUCCAUAUGAUGACUACAGAGGUAAUCCUUACAGAGAUCAAGAUUACCGGGAAGGAAGAGAUCAUUGGUCGCGUCGUGAUGAAUAUAGAGGGCGACAGUCAGGUUAUAGAGAAAGAUCGCACUAUCAUUGAACAAGUGUGUUAACUGUUUAAUUUAAAAAAUAAACUAUACAAUAUACUUGAAUUACACAGGAACAGUGUUGAAGAUAGCCAAACAUUGUACAGUACACAAUUCAAAGUGAUCUAAAAUGCAAAUUGUAUUGCAGUCUUUUCACAUUUACCGCCAUUUUGGAACCUGGUUUCUGUAUAAGUGCAAUGGUCGAUGUUAAUGCUCGACAUUUUCAGUGAUCCGUAGAAGCACUUUUGCGACUACAGUUUUGACUGAUGUCGGUUAGUGGACUGUGGUAAUCUGUAUAAAGGCAUAUUAUCCUAGAAAUGCAAACAGUUCAAAUAAAACUUGUAUUUGAAAUAUAAUAUAUCAGAAUAUAUACUGCCACUGUGAAGAUGUUAAUACUGUUUUUACUCUUUGGCUAUUUAAGUAUGUUUUGGUCUGAAACAACAUUGUGUAACUUGAAAUUUAUCUAAAAGCCUGGUUUUAUUUGUUGGAAAGCAUGUUUGUAUUUUAAAAACUGCCUGUAUUGAAACAUGUAUAAUAUGUUACAGUUUUUAUUUAUUUUUACUUACCAGUAUGCCCAAUCCCCAAAAGUUGGAGCAACAGUAAAUGAAACGUUUUUUUUUUUAAUCGAAUUAUUGAUGCAAUUAUAGACUCGGAUAUAUUUUAUUGACAAUGCUGAACUAAAAAGAAAUAUAAGGUUUAAAAAUCAAAAUAGCAGCCAACGUUCUGUUUUACGAUUAACCAAGAAAAUUGUGUCUUAAUGUUAUUUACAGAUACAUAUGUGUAAGUUAUGUGUAACAUUGUUGUACGCUAUUAAAACAUUUGGAAUUAUUAGCCAUCCCUCUGGGGGACUAUUGAAAA